UCGCAAUGAUGAGCGUGAAGUCACCCGGUUUCACGCACCGCCCGCGGGGAGGGUCUCUGCGCGGUGACGUCUCCAAAAAGCGGGCCGGACUCGGUCGGAACUCAGACGAUGGGGGGGUCACACGGCGGUGCGGUGGAUGUGGACGUUAUUGUGGAGCGCUGCUGGCACAGCCCGAGGAGCGCGCCCUGCUAGUUCGGCUGAGGGGGACGGUGCGCAGCAUGGGUGCCGGGGACUACGUCUGCGUGACCCUGCGUGGUGGCGCACCGUGGGGCUUCACCCUAAGAGAGGGAGAGGGAGAGGGGGACAUUUACAGACCUUUACUUGCUUCCCAGGUGGAAGAUGGCAGUCGCGCCUGCCUGGCUGGAGUCCAUGAGGGUGAUGAGGUGGUGUCGAUCAACGGGGAGUCCUGCGCUGAUCUCACCCUGUGCCGAGCUUUAGCACUCCUCGAAACCUCCGUUAGCAGUCUGCAGUUGCUUCUCAAAAGAUCCAACUUCAUCCCAUCUGAAGACUGCGUGUCAGAAGGGACGCACCUUGGUGAAAGGGUCUCCUCAGGCGAGAAUUUAAAAAGCACCACCCUCCACAUAAUUUCCCCAAACUCUAAAAUCCCAACCAACACAGAGGAUCCCCACAGAAGUAACCUAUCAGAUGAUCUGGGAGGCCAUGAGCUGUUUUUUAAGCACAACAGCGAGGAAGUACGGCGGUGCUUCUCCCCUGGAGAAUUCGUGGAGCUUCAGGUGUCCCUGUCUGAGCAAACCUUGGACGAUGGGGGCUGCACCUCUCUUGGGAGUGCUCGGGGGAUUGAGGGGGACUUUUCAGCCAUUGAAACAGCUCACACCCCACCACCACACCCUGUGUCAUGCCCCAAUAAGAGAGCCGCUCGGACAGCACGGCGUGGUGAUCAGCGCCGCCCCGGUGGAGGUCCCUGUGCAGCCACCAGAAGAAUCAGGAACAGGGAGGGGAGCUCUGAGUGUGGGUGGCCCCACGGUCACUGAAGACGUUGGGUCGCAAAGUCAAGAGAAGCAAAAAGGAGGACUCUGCCAGCCUGUUCCUGCAUCUUUCACCAUCUCGUUCGAAAUUCCAUCGGACGAGACCGCUUUGGCAGAACAGCAC